AUGCAUAAAAUAUUACAUUUAUUCAUAAUUUCUGGUUAUCUAACAGCAAUCCUUAGCCAUGUAACUUUCACAAAUCUCAAAUGCGGCACAUCGGACAAGGGUUUUUUUGAUUUCGAAAAAUGUUAUAUAAAGGCAGUGAAUCGUUCGCAUAAGUAUAUAGAUAUUUAUGUGAGUUUAAAGAAAGUACCAAUGGACAAUGUCACGAUAAACGUAAAGCUAAUGCGUUACAAUAAUGGCUACAAGCCCUUUUUCGUUGACGUGACUUAUGAUGCGUGUAAAUUUCUGAAGAAUCCCAACAAAAAUCCUAUUGUAAAAAUGUUAUACUAUGCAUAUGUGAACAGCUCCAACCUAAACCAUACCUGUCCUUAUAAUCACGACAUAAUUUUUGAUCAUUUCUGGACUGGAAACUGGGAAACUGAUUUUGAAAAGUAUAUUCCAACCAUAAACGGUGAAUAUGGAAUCUUCAACAAUAUUUUUCAAAAUAGCAUUUUUCGUGGUUAUAUAAAAUUUUACAUACGUAUAUCGGGUAGGCAACAAGACUAG